GCCGUAGUAUCAACAGUGAACGGCGGUUGGUGCCCUACCAUCGCUGGCAUGACAGUCACAGAGGGUGUGGACUUUAGUGCUUGGAGCCCUUCUGAUGGCAUUUAUGUGUCUGAUAAAGCGGGUACGGCGUUAUACGCAAUCACGAUUACAUCUACGAAGUCUUCCGGCCAGGCCGUCGUGCUUAGCCGCUAUUAUGAUGAUGAUUAUGAUUGGUGGUACUACUACAUCAGCUACAGGAACACAAGCGUCACCAGCUACAAUAAUGAAGACCGUUGCUUUUAUACUUUCAAUCCGACAUCCACGGGUGACUGCCCGGACAUCCCAGGUUUCACACUCACCCGUGACAUGGACUACAUGACGGGAGUUUUGACUGCUGACGCCAGCGGUUGCUAUGAGAUUUCCGGUAACAUCGCUGCCAACAUGGCUGCUCGCUGCAGUUCUGGCUCAGGCUGCCUGGCUUUCUCUUUUCAUCCUUUGUUAAGCAGCAAGUAUGGGUGCAUCAGGACCUCUUCCACCCCCAAUGUGCCGAAGCCGGGAGCUUGCUUCUACACAUUGCCAUCCGCUCGCCCUCCAUCGCCAGCCCCUCUCCCUCCAUCGCCAGCCGCUCUCCCUCCAUCAACUGCUCCUCUCCCUCCCUCUCCUAGCCUUCCAUCACCUGCUCCUCUCCCGCCCUCUCCUCUCCCUCCGUCGCCUGCCCCUCUCCCUCCCUCUCCUCUCCCUCCGUCGCCUGCUCCUCUCCCUCCCUCUCCCAGCCCUCCAUCGCCUGCUCCUCUUCCUCCCUCUCCCAGCCCUCCGUCGCCUGCUCCUCUCCCUCCCUCUCCUCUCCCUCCGUCGCCUGCCCCUCUCCCUCCCUCUCCUCUCCCUCCGUCGCCUGCUCCUCUCCCUCCCUCUCCUCUCCCUCCGUCGCCUGCUCCUCUCCCUCCCUCUCCCAGCCCUCCAUCGCCUAGCCCCCCCUCUCCUCCCCCUCCCUCUCCCAGCCCUCCACCCCCGCCCCCGCCUCCCCGGAUCUCCAACCCGCCACCACCCAGCCCCGCUCCCCCUAGCCCCUCACCUCCACCAUCUCCCACCCCGCCCGUCUCACCGUCCUCGCCGCUACCACCCUCACCCCUGCCAAACCCUCCACCUAGCUCUUCACCACCCUUGCCCCUGUCGCCGUCCCACCCAAGCCCGCCACCGCCUUCACAGCCGCCAUCCCCACCGCCUCAGCCUCUGAGCCAACCGCAGCCAUUCCCAUUGCCUCCGUCACCUUCGCCCCCGCCUCCUCCACCCUCGCCAACUCCCCCUCGGCCCCGCCUUCCCUCGCCACCACCUCCAAACCCGCCGCGUGCUCCGCUGUCGCCGCCGCCUAAGACACCACCUCGCCACCCACCCAACACGCCCUCGCCACCACCGCCACCAACCUUCUUCUGGGCAACGUCCGCCUCGGGUCCCAACGACCCCUCUGGCAGCAGCAUCCAACCGGGCUCCGUACAACUGCUGGUGGGGCCGCCAAGCCCGCAAGUCCUUACCGUCAGGGUUUGCAAACCAGCUAGCAAACUCAGCUGGCUGCCCCCCAAAGCGGCUCCUCGCUAUGCGGUUGUUUACUUCAACCAAAGCUCCCUUGCCAGCCUUCCUGGCAGCGGAGUUGCAGCUGUGGGGGUACAUAUCCUCAACCGAGGCAGCGUCCCCAGCCCCGCCAUUGCUUCCAUCGAGUUGCUGCUGCUUGGGCCCGACAAAGUGGCCUCGGCUGUUACGGUGUACACUGGCACAGCGGAUCAGCAGCUGGAGUGCCCAGGCCUGAACUACUUUGCUUUGUCGGCAGCAACCAUGGUGCCCGUCACGACGCCCGCAGCACUUGGCAACCUUCAUGUUGUUGGGGCACGGAUCAACAUAAGCGAGGCAGAUGUCUCGGCAAAGGCUGACCUGCCCCAUAUUGCAGCGAUUGGCCUACAGAUCAAGUGUGAAGCCGCAAGGCUGGUAUCACCGCUCCUUGCCUGUGAGCAACGGAAACGCAAAUUGGCACCUUGAAAAACUUCACCAUACACUACACCACCACCUCGUAUUAGCUGCUUUGGACUGGGCCAACGCCCUUUACCAUACUGCUACUGGUUGUCAGUCUAUGUUGUGAAGUAUUAUCAAUAUUGUUAACUUAUCGGUGCGGUAAAUGGCCAAUAGCACCCUUACUACACGGCUGCCGUGAUGCAGUACUUGCUCCUUUUCCGUAUCAUGCGUUGCUUGAAUUCCUUUUACCCGUACAGCGCGCACUUGUUUAUUAUGGUGUUUGAAGUUGUCAUUAACGCCGGUCUUAAGGCGCCGUGUAGGUCACUAGGUCUUCAGCAGGGAUGGAUAUGUCAUGGACUUGAACUAUAAGUUUGGAACCAGGAACGGCAAAGUGACAGUAUGGUAUAAUUUAUUGAUGUUUGGAACGGCAAAGUAACAGCCCUAUUGCAUGUACGUCUGCUGUGAUGCCGCACAUGCUGCUUUAUCAGUAUACCAUGUGUUAUUGACUUCCUUUUACCUAUACAGCACGUUCUUUUGUUUCAAAGUUUGGUAUGGUGAUUGCCCAAUAGUACCCCUAAUGUACGGCUGUUGUGAUGCCGUACGGUACAUGCUUCUUUGUACGUCUCAUGUGUCCUUUGUUUCCUUUUACCUGUACAGCACGCACAUGAUGUGCUUGUUUUCGCGCUGUGUACGUGUGUAGUAUGUUUGCUGCCUUUGCUUCGCAGCACAUACCACUUGUCCCUCGUUUGAUUGUAAUUUCAGUAGGUGGGCAGGGAUGGACAUCCCAUGGAAUUUGUUGGUUCAAACUUGCGUAACGGCUUUGCUUGUUUUGCUCCUGAAUAAUGAGCGCUGUUCAAGACGUGGCAUCGAGGGGGCUCCCUUGGGUCAGUUCUACUCUGUUGUACGUUGUAUGAUGGUAAUUUGCAGUCCUUGUGUGGAGGUGAUGAUGAAACUAGUGCGGAGUUCUCACAUAACCACUUCACGGCGUGUUCCGUUUCUGUUGCAGUGUAGGGUUGGGUUCAUCACCUGUGUUCCCAUGUAGGGAACCAUUGUAGCCGUCAUUCAUUCAGG